AAACCGAGAGAGAGAGAGAGAGAGAGAGAGAGAGGAGGAAGAAGAAGAAGAAGAAGAAGAACGAGACGCUUCGGCGAUUUUUUGGCCAAAUAAUCGCCUCCGCCUCGGCCCAGAAUCGCCGAUUCCGCCUCUCCUCGCCGAUUCCCGCCCGGAAAAUCGGCGUCGCCCUUCGCCUCCCUCGAAUCGCCCCUCCCCCUCCUUCGUCUCCUCCUCCUCGCUCGUCCCCCAUUGGGAGAUCCGCGCGCAUCGCGUUUUCGCAGGGGAAAUCGCGUCAAUUCGGAUCGAUUAGGGUUUCUGCGCCCGAUUUUGGUGCAUCUUCUUCGGUUCUUUGGAUUUCUCCGGGUUUUUUUCUUUGGUUUUGAAGCGGGGGAUUUGGGGCUUCGCCGCGGGAUUUACCCGCGCGUGGAAUGCUGCAUGGAGAGGGGCGUCGUUAGGGUUUGGAAUCGCCCAAGUUUGCUGCAGAUUGCUGGGGUAUUCCCAUCGGGGUGAGCUCUUCUUGAAGCGAAUCGAAAAUUCCGAAUCCAUUGUACCACGCUGCUUAUGGCCCUCAGGAAACACAAACCGCCUGGUGAUGCUUCUUUGGUUAAUACAGCAUCUCUGAAUUUACCAAACAAGGUUGUCAAAAAGGUCAAUCCUGUGAAGUCGGGGAUGGCGACAGACCUCAAUGCAGAGAGUGAUGUAGAUAUUGAUUUGAGGGAAGUGUAUUUUCUGAUCAUGCAUUUCUUAUCAGCUGGCCCAUGUAAGAGAACAUAUGGACAACUGUGGAAUGAGCUUCUGGAGCAUCAACUUCUACCUAGAAGAUACCAUGCUUGGUACUCUAGAAGUGGGGCUCGAAGUGGAGAUGAAAAUGAUGAUGGCAUGUCACUCCCAUUGUGCUACGCCAAUUUGGUAGAGAGGUACCCUCACAUUGCAAAAGAUCACUUGGUAAAGCUUCUGAAGCAAUUGAUUCUGAGUAUUGCCCCUCAACCGCAUGGCAUGAUUGGUGGCGGUCCUCCUAGUGCAGCUGAUGUCCCUACACUUUUGGGAUCUGGUUCCUUUUCUCUUCUCGCAUAUGAUAGGUGUAAGGAAGAUAAAGGAGCCAAGAAAGUGCCUGUUUAUUUGCGCUGGCCUCAUAUGCAGGCUGAUCAGGUCAGAGGAUUAAGUUUGAGAGAGAUAGGAGGUGGUUUCACCAGACACCAUCGUGCUCCAUCUAUUCCUGCAGCAUGUAAUGCCAUUGCUAGGCCAUCAACUCUUGUGCAAAAGAUGCAGAUCAUUAAAAAAUCGCGGGGACAUCAGAAUGCUGUCUAUUGUGCUACAUUUGAUCGCUCUGGGCGUUAUGUCAUCACUGGGUCGGAUGAUCGCCUUGUAAAGAUCUGGUCAAUGGAGACUGCCUUUUGCCUGGCCAGUUGCCGAGGACAUGAAGGUGACAUCACUGACUUGGCUGUGAGUUUCAAUAAUUCUUUGGUGGCUUCUUCUUCGAAUGACUUCAUCAUCAGAGUGUGGCGUAUACCCGAUGGGCUGCCGAUUUCAGUUUUGAAGGGGCAUGCUGCAGCUGUAACUGCUAUUGCAUUUAGUCCUAGGCCAAAUGCUGUUUACCAUCUGCUAUCGUCCUCUGAUGAUGGGACUUGCCGCAUUUGGGAUGCUAGGUACUCUAAACCCAGUCUGCAAGUAUAUAGUCCAAAGCCUUUAGAUACUUCAGCUGGAAAGAACAACGAUCCUUCUCCCAGUGCUGUGCAACAAAAUCAUCAAAUCUUAUGUUGUGCAUUCAACGCUAAUGGAACCGUAUUUGUCACUGGUAGUUCAGAUACAUAUGCAAGGGUCUGGAAUGCUUUUAAGAUCAAUCCUGAUGAAUCUGAUCAAAGGCAUCAUGAGAUGGAUCUGUUAUCUGGCCAUGAAAAUGAUGUCAACUAUGUCCAAUUUAGUGGCUGUGCUGUGGCACCUAGAUCUUCUACAGCUGAUACACUGAAGGAAGAUAAUCUUCCCAAGUUCAAAAAUUCCUGGUUCACUCAUGACAACAUUGUCACCUGCUCUCGUGAUGGCAGUGCAAUUAUUUGGAUUCCGAGAUCCCGUCGGUCUCAUGGAAAGGUUGGGCAUUGGACGCGUGCCUAUCAUCUUAAGGUUCCCCCACCACCCAUGGCUCCCCAACCUACCCGUGGGGGUCCACGUCACAGGUGUCAGCCAACUCCUCGUGGUGUUAAUAUGAUUGUAUGGAGUUUGGAUAACCGCUUUGUACUUGCUGCAAUCAUGGAUUGCAGAAUAUGUGUUUGGAAUGCUUCUGAUGGUAGCUUGGUCCAUUCGUUGAUUGGUCACAAGGAAUCAACAUUUGUUUUGGAUGUGCAUCCUUUCAACCCUCGGAUAGCUAUGAGUGCUGGAUAUGAUGGGAAGACAAUCAUCUGGGAUAUAUGGGAGGGGAAACCAGUACAGAUUUAUGAAACAGGACAGUUUAAGCUGGUGGAUGGGAAAUUUUCUCCAGAUGGAACAUCAAUCGUUCUCUCAGAUGAAGUUGGACAAAUAUAUAUUAUAGCCACAGGGCAAGGAGAGUCUCAAAAGGACGCGAAAUACGAUCAGUUCUUCCUGGGAGACUAUCGACCCCUUAUCCAAGAUACAAAUGGAAAUGUUUUGGAUCAGGAGACACAACUCGCACCAUAUCGAAGGAAUGUCCAGGAUUUGUUGUGUGAUGCAAGUAUAAUACCAUACCCUGAACCUUAUCAGAGCAUUUACCAGCGGCGCCGCUUAGGCGCACUAGGUAUCGAGUGGCGUCCUCCAUCAGUAAACUUUGCCGUGGGUCCCACUUUCAACCCAAAUACGGGUGAUUUCCAGCCAUUGCCAAUUAUAGACCUGGAGAGGUGGGCUGAGCCGUUGCCAGAGGUUGCGGAUGCUGUUAAUUGGGAAUUAGAAAAUGAAGCGGUUCAGACCGAUGAUAAUGAUUCGGAGUAUAAUGUCACUGACGAAUAUUCAAGUGAAGGAGAGCCGGAAAGUCUGAAUAGCAGCUCCUCUGGUGAUUCUGUAUCUAGUGCGGAAGACAGUGGGGUUAGCCUUAACAAGGAAGGCCUUCGAAGAUCUAAAAGAAAGAAGCACAAGCCAGAAGCUGAGUUUACUUCUUCUGGGAGGCGAGUAAAGAGACGGAACCUGGAUGAACGUGAUGCAGUGACAACAUCAAGGACCAAUAGAGUGCGGAGGUCAAGAAAUGGGCAUUUAGCAUCAAAGAAAAAAUCUUCUAAAUCUAAGUCACUAAGACCUCAAAGACGUGCUGCAUGCAAUGCUCUCAAUUUGUUCUCCAAGAUGACUGGAAUUUCGACCGAUGGAGAAGAGGAAGAUGAAAUGGACAGCACUUCCUCGGAGAGUGAGUCGAUGACGCUUCCUGAUUCGAACAGUCAAAGUGUUGAAUCUGAAAAGUCAAUGCGUAAUAGCCAACCGAAACAAUCAAAGGAUAAAGAAGUCCUUAGAGAGUGUGAAGAUGUUGAAAAACCUUCUCAGCCUGUUGAAGCUCCGGAAAAUACUGGAGUGAAGAGAAAAUUGGUACUUAGGUUACCAAAUCGUUGUUCAAAAGCUGUUGUUCCUUCAGACAGCAUGAAGGCUGAGGUCCCCAAACAGGAAACAGCCGAUCAUGAUGAAGCUAACACGAUCAAAUGGGGUGAGGUUAAGUUGCGGUCAUCUAAACGUCUUAAGUUCGUUGACUCUUCAGCAGGAGAUGCAGAAUGUCCUGGCACUUUUGAAGGCGACACUAAUGGACAUCCUAAUUCCAAUGAUGAGUGCGGAGCAUCUUCAAGCCCUAAGUACCAAGCUCAUGGGGUUAAUGUAGUAGGCAGAAAUGGUCGACAUGUAGAUUUUGCUUCCCAAGAAUUGAAUGAUGGGCUAAUUAAAGAGGCCCUUCCUGAGUGGGAUGGUAGCAACCGGCAGUUGCUAGGGCAUGCUGACCAAGAAGACCGGCUUUCUCUUCAAGCCAAUGGCAAGACAACUGAAUCUGUAAUACACAAGGAUGAGGACUUCCAUGAUAGAGGUAUUGUGAAUGGUAAAAAUUCUGGCUGUACAGAUAGUAAAAAUGGUUCUGCCCAAGGCCAACAAGUUGAGACUUGUAGUUCACAGCCUGUGUAUCGAAAGAUUAGGAUCAAAUCAAGAGGAUUAAUGAAGGAAGAUAACAGUUCAUCUUCCAAAUUAAAAUCACCUGAUUUAGGGGAUUUGAGGACCUCUGGGUCUGAACAAAUGAUAAAGAGUCAAAUGGCAGCUGAAAAAAGUAGGGUGUCUGUUUUGGAUGAAGAAGAAGAGUCUAUUGGGAUAAAUAGCAAUACGGAUCCACAUGGUUCAAACAAGUUACAAGUGAACUCCUAUUCUAAGAUGUAUAAUACAGUUUACAAAAGGUCGAAGUCAUCCAGGAGUAGGAAGAGUUUUGAUGUUGAUAUUCAUGAAAUGGAGGAAAGCACAUCUCUUUCAAACUAUAGUGAAGAUAGACAAGCAGAAACUAGUGUUGCUGCAGUUGAUAGUGUUCGUGGAUCGAGAUUUAGGGCCACUAGGGCUAAUUUUGGUUCUUUGGAGGCAUCUACUAGUGGUGGAAGAUACUUUUCGGAUGCUCGUGAUCAACUCCUACCUGAUGAAUGGAAGUCAGCCUCUAAAACUAUAGUUGGUAUGAGAUCUGUUCGAAAUAGGAGAGAGAAUUACAGCUUUAGUGACCCAAGACCUUUGGACAAAAGAAAACACCAACCAUCACGGAAGCUCUCAUGGCUGAUGUUGCUAGAGCAUGAAGAGAGCUACCGAUAUAUCCCCCAACAAGGUGAUGACGUGGCAUACCUGAGACAGGGGCAUGAAGAAUACAUCAGAGGUUCACGGCAGUCACAAGAAGCAGGACCAUGGAAAUCGAUCAGAGAUCUUAAAGCUGUUGAAUUCUGCAGAGUACGAGCCCUUGAAUAUGCUCCCUUCAAAGGAUCGGGUGAGGGCUGCUGCAAACUCACUCUUGAGUUCACAGAUCCGUCUUCAAGUGCUUUUGGGAAAGCAUUCAAGGUCACUUUGCCUGAGCUCGUCUCUUUUCCCGACUUCCUCGUGGAGAGAACACGGUACGAUGCCGCUAUCGAGAGGAACUGGACCCACAGAGAUAAAUGCCAGGUUUGGUGGAGGAACGAGGAUGGGGAUGGAGGGAGUUGGUGGGACGGCCGCAUUUUGGCGGUGAAGACCAGGGCAUCCGAGUUUCCUGAUAGUCCAUGGGAGAGGUACGUUAUACAGUACAAGGACGAUGGGUCAGAACAACACUUUCAUAGCCCUUGGGAGCUUCACGAUGCAGACAGUCAGUGGGAGCACCCACAUAUUGAUCUCGGGAUUAGGGAUAAGCUUUUAUCCUGUAUUUCUAAAUUAGAGCACACCUCUGCAAGAAAUCAGGACUGUUACGGCGUUCAAAAGCUUAAUCAAGUAGCACAAAAAUCUGAUUUUCUAAACAGGUUCCCUGUUCAGUUCUCUAUCGAGGUGAUCAAGAGGAGACUGGAAAACAAUUACUACCGAACUCUGGAGGCUGUCAAGCUUGAUGCCUCCGUUAUGCUCUCCAACGCCGAGUCUUACUUUGGGAAAAGUGCUGAUAUGUCGAAUAGGAUGCGCAGGCUCUCCGACUGGAUCACACGCACGUUCUCGUCAUUGUAGUCCGCAUCAACAGUUUUGUAGCAGGACGAGCUCUUCUUAACCCGCAGCUUUAUGUAGAUUCUCAUACCAGCUUCUCAAUCUGCAGCUCAUUACCCAUUGAUCUUCUCCGAUUUUAUUCUUUUUUUUUUUCCUUCUAUGUAGGUGGUAAUUGGUUUUCCUUUAGGAAAAUUGUUUCAGACUCUUUGAGUCAUGGGAAUAGCGGGAAUGAUUGACUUGGAAAAUCACUAUGUACAGAGUUAGUUCUCUUCAUUAAUAAUUUUAAAGAAAUGAAAAGAAGAAUGCUGACACUUUUAUUCUUUCU